AGCCCAAAACCAGCUGAGAUUUAUUCUGCAAGAUUUACAGGAAUGCAGAAAAACCAUGUUCUCAAAUGCAGCAGAGGCACUGUGUAAGAAAAGCGAAGUUCGGUUACUAAACGCAAUCAUCAUAUAAAUCCAAAUGGUGAUAAGGUGGAUUAGUCUGUAACGUUUUCAAGGCUAGCGUGUCAAGAAAUUGCCAUAAAGCUCUGCCCUUUUUCUUCUGCAACGUCCAUUUCUUCCUCCCUUAAAAGCUCUCUCUCUCUCUCUCUCUCGCUUUUCUUAGCUCAGCAGCUCAAUUAACCCAUUCAGUUUCUGCUGAGUCAGUCACUUUCCUUCAGUUCCCCGAGAAAAAAUCCAGAAAAGAGAAAAUGCUGCCUAGGCUGAACGGUGCCGUUUGGAUGGGUGAUAGAGAGGACAGAGACUCUGCUUCAUGGAAUAGAACCGCCGCCGCCGCCACCAACAACAGCAAUUGUGGUGUUGUGGAGAGCAAGGACGAGUUGGGCUCUCUGUCUACCUUCAAAUCCAUGCUUGAUGUUGAUGAUGAUUGGUAUCUGCCCAAUAAUAGCAUUCAGAGCCAUUCAGAUGUCCGAGACAUAGCCUUCUCGCCGAGCUUUGCUGACCCAGAAAGCUUGCUGCUCAACCCAGUGGACUCUUCCUCUUCUUGCUCACCGUCUUCCUCGGUUUUCAACAAUCUUGACCCAAAUCAGGUUCAUUACUAUUUGCCUCAAAAUUCCACCUUGUCUUCUCUCCUUAAUGUUGUUCCUAAUAACCCUUUGGAGCAUGGCUUCGAUUUGGGCUGUGAUAUUGGGUUUCUUGACACUCAAGCAUCGAGUGGUUCAAGUUUAAUGAACAGGGGAGGUGGGGUUUUAACUGGGUUCAGUGGUUUGAGCUCAAAUAACCCGAUGAAUGCUCAGGAUUUGUGUUCAAAUUUGCAAUUUUCAACUACCCGUCUGCCUCAAUUGCUUGAAAAUAGUUCAAAUUUUUCGGGCUUUCGGGGUUUUGAGGAUACUUCAGCGAAUGCUUUGUUUCCCAAUAGGCCUAAAUUAUUGAGACCCCUUGACUCCGUUCCUGAUGUGGGAGCACCGCCCACUCUUUUUCAGAAAAGAGUUCAGAAGAACUUAGCUGAUAAUGGAGGAAAUUUGGGUGUUUUAGGCUCAGAAGGGGGCCUGGUUUUGAAUCAUAUGGGUGAGGAGAAUGAGAGGAAGAGGAAAUUGAGCGGGGGAGAUGAUUUUGAAGAUGUGAGUAUCGAUGGUUCGGGUUUGAACUAUGAUUCAGAUGACUUUACUGAAAACACUAAGAUGGAUGACGGUGCUAAGAAUGGUGGUAAUAGCUCGAAUGCGAAUAGUACUGUUACUGGCGGAGGGGAUCAUAAGGGGAAGAAGAAAGGGUUGCCUGCUAAGAAUUUGAUGGCUGAGAGGCGCCGCCGGAAGAAGCUCAAUGAUAGGCUGUAUAUGCUUAGAUCCGUUGUUCCAAAGAUCAGCAAAAUGGACAGGGCAUCAAUCCUUGGGGAUGCAAUUGAGUACUUGAAGGAACUUCUGCAGAAGAUCAACAACCUCCAUAAUGAAUUGGAGUCAAUCCCUCCUGGGUCUUCAUUGACGCCUACCGGAAGUACUUUCCACCCUUUGACACCCACUCCAGCUACCCUGCCAAGUCGUAUCAAGGAAGAACUUUGCCCCAGCUCAUUACCUAGCCCAAACGGCCAACCUGCAAGGGUUGAAGUUAGGCUACGAGAAGGAAGAGCAGUGAAUAUCCACAUGUUUUGUGGGCGCAGACCUGGUCUCUUGCUCUCGACCAUGAGAACUUUAGAUAGCCUUGGGCUAGACAUCCAGCAAGCUGUCAUUAGCUGUUUCAAUGGUUUUGCUAUGGAUGUCUUCCGUGCUGAGCAAUGCAAGGAAGGUCAAGACGUCCACCCGGAUCAGAUAAAAGCAGUACUUUUGGAGUCAGUCGGGUUCCAUGGCUUGAUAUAGAUUGCAGCAAAACAACAAACUGAAGUUGCUUUAACCAAAGACAGGAGCCGUCAUGCAAUUUGUAUAUGUUUUGCUUUGCCAUAGCUCAAUUGUGUCGUGCAUCAAAUUUGAAUUAGCAGCUUUUGAAGAAACUUUGUAGGUUUGCUUUGUGUCAUCAGAAAAUUCAGCGUCAGUCAGACCUGGAUUGACUGAAAGAAAAAAAAUUUAAUUCUCACCCCUUAUCUUUUCAAGUUCUUAAAUAAAUUGGCCCUUUAGAACAA